CAAUCCUUUUUUUUGAUUGGGGAAGAUUGGCCCUGAGCUAACAUCCCUCGCCAAUCCUUUUUUUUGAUUGGGGAAGAUUGGCCCUGAGCUAACAUCCCUCGCCAGUCCUUUUUUUUUUUGAUGGGGGAAGAUUGGUCCUGAGCUAACAGCUGUUCCAGUCUUCCUCUGUUUUGUAUGUGGGUCGCCGCCAUGCAUGGCUUGAGGAGGGGUGUAGGUCUGUGCCCGGAUCCAAGCCACGAAUCUGGGCCACCUACCGGAGGGCCCCGAACUUAACCACUAUGCCGCUGGGCUGGCCCUUGGAUAUUAUAGGCACGUGAGGCUGUCGCUACCGUAUUGGAAAACAGAGUGUUUUUGAGUUGGGUUUGCUUAGAGCUCAAAGAAACGAACAACAAAACCGAGGAGGAGGUGGUGAAUCAUGAUGAUUGCAGCUAGUGUUGUUUGAGUUUUUGCGAUCUGCCAGGUAGUUGCUGUUCUGUGUGUGUGUCAUUUCAUUUACUCCUCUGAGCAGCUCAGUGCACCUGUGUUUAGAGAUGAGGAAAUGGGCACGGAGAGGUCAAAUUUUACAGAGAUGAUGAGAGCCUUGGGAUACCCUCGACAUAUUUCUAUGGAAAAUUUCCGCACACCAAAUUUUGGACUUGUAUCUGAAGUGCUUCUCUGGCUUGUGAAAAGGUAUGAACCUCAGACUGACAUCCCUUCUGAUGUUGAGACUGAACAAGACCGAGUUUUCUUCAUUAAGGCGAUUGCCCAGUUCAUGGCCACCAAGGCACAUAUAAAACUCAAUACUAAGAAGCUUUAUCAAGCAGAUGGGUAUGCAGUGAAAGAACUAUUGAAGAUCACAUCCGUCCUUUAUAAUGCUAUGAAGACCAAAGGGAUGGAGGGCUCUGAAAUAGGAGAGGAAGAUAUCAGCAAAUUCAAGUUUGAUCUUGGCUCAAAGAUUGCAGAUUUGAAAGCAGCCAGGCAGCUUGCUUCUGAAAUCACCUCCAAAGGAGCAUCUCUGUAUGACUUGCUGGGCAAGGAGGUAGAGUUGAGGGAACUGAGAACAGAAGCAAUUGCCAGACCUCUGGAAAUAAACGAGACUGAAAAAGUGAUGAGAAUUGCAAUAAAAGAUAUUUUGGCACAGGUUCAGAAGACUAAAGACCUGCUCAAUAACGUGGCCUCUGAUGAAGCUAAUUUAGAAGCUAAAAUUGAAAAGAGGAAAUUAGAACUGGAAAGAAAUCAGAAGCGACUCCAGACUCUGCAGAGUGUCAGGCCAGCCUUUAUGGAUGAAUAUGAGAAGAUUGAGGAAGAACUGCAAAAGCAGUAUGACAUUUAUCUAGAGAAAUUUCGAAAUCUUGCUUACCUGGAACAACAGCUAGAGGAUCAUCAUAGGAUGGAGCAAGAGAGGUUUGAGGAAGCUGAAAAUACUCUCCGUCUGAUGCAGAACAAGCUAAAGGAAGAAGAAAAGCGACUGCUCAAGAGUGGAAGUCAGCCAGCAGAGCCAGAAGCAGUCCUAAGUGAUAAGCCUGCAUGGAGUUUAUUCCUUCCCAAGAGGCCUGGCACAGGUAACGAUGACUCGGACAUUGACAUCCAGGAAGAUGAUGAAUCUGACAGUGAACUGGAAGAGAGACAGCUGUCCAAGCCACGGACAGCCAUGGAGGUGCUCAUGCAAGGAAGACCCAGCAAACGCAUCGUGGGCACAAUGCAAGGUGGAGACUCUGAUGACGACGAAGACUCAGAGGACAGUGAAAUUGACAUGGAAGAUGAUGAAGACGAUGACGAUGAUUUGGAAGAUGAGAGCAUCGCUCUCUCACCAGCUAAGCCCAGUCGAAGGGUUCGGAAACCUGAGCCCCUGGAUGAGAGUGACAAUGACUUUUGAAGUUCUUGCUAAGGGACCCACCCAGGCAGAUUCAAAUGCUCAGAUUUGUAGGUAACUGGGAAAUUAGAAGGUUAGAAAGGGAACAUAUAUUCUGUUCACUAAGCCAGCUGGACUCAUUAUCAAUGAAGCAAUACCUAUUUCUGCUUUAGCCUCCUAUGUGUUACUCCACAAAGCUUAAACAAGAACUGAAGCAAAUCCCAAAGGUGAUUUUUUUUUUUUUUUUGCCUUAUUUAUCUCCUAAAACUUGAGAAAUGCAUGUUAGUGAUUUAUAUCCACAGGAUAAAAACUCAAGGAGAAGUGAGGGCCAGCAUGGUCUUGGCUAUUGUUGUUGUCACACAUUUCCUCUGAGAGUCAGUAGGACAGACCUGGGGCUGGGACUGGGCACAAGGACUCAUUUUAGGAACCAUAGGGAGGUGUCUGACUAUUAAUCACUUAUACAGUUUAGAACAUCUACUGUAUAUCAGCUUUUAAUGCUAGCCUUUAUUUCAUUUUAUAGUCUUAUUUUCCUUCUGCAUGCUCACAAUACCAAGCUUUAAAUGUAUUUUACUAAAAUUUUAUGAAUGAAAGUUAGCUAAGUUAGAUGAAACUUUCCUUGAAUCUCAGGCAACAGAGAGAGGCUCCAGAUUAUAAAUAUUCCAUUUUCUCAAAGAAGGCUGACAUUCCUCCUUAGGAAAGCAAAUUAAGGAAAAAGUGUUUGUACGUAUUUGUAUUUCUGACUUAAAAAAAAAAAACCAGAAUUGAAUUAGAUGGAGUAGCACUAGAAGAGUUUCCCCGUUGUGAAAUGAAAAGUGACAGAUGGAGUUGUUUUGUUUUUUUAAUAUGGAAAGCACAGAGCAGUUUUCAUUUAUUUUUCAUUAUAUAGUCAGAAGACUUCUGAAGUUACUUAUCCCUUAAUAAAUGUAUUUAAUACCAUA